GUUCAAUCACAGGUCAAGAAAACACAUCCCUGAAUUUACCAAAUAUGCAAUUUUGUGUUGAAGAAGUUCAUCCAUCAAGUUAGAGGGGAUGCUGUAUCGACAGGACGUCGUCGCGGGCGACUCGCAGUGGAUUUUCUGAAGGCUACGGCGCGUGCCGCAUGCCAACUCCGCCGUUGACCUCGCGCGACCCUAUUAAAACAAGAAAACAUCGCUGAUCGGACAUAUUGUCUCCAAUAUCCCCAACCAUGAAGUUCAUCUGUUCGUGUUUGUGUCUGGCGAUCGCGCUGGGCAGCGCCGCGGCUGCACCUGCCAGCGGCUUCGUGUUCCCAGACGAGCGGCGGCGGGAGAAAAAACUGGAGCCAGUGAUCACACCUCCUGUUCUACCUUACAUAGAACAUUUGGAGCGUGACCCUAGCACGCUGCUACCCAACGAGACGAAGGGAAGAAACGUGCCAUCUGAGUCAGUCAAGCCUCGCUUUGGAUUCGGUGGUGGUUUUAACGUCGCACCCACCGGACAUGGUGGUCUGACGGCUAGCAUAAGCAGCAGCGCCAACGGCCUCGGUUCCAGCCACUCGGCGUCCCAGUCAUUCUCGUUCGGGUUUAACGAAGGGUUUAGUGCAUCACAUUCAGCUAGCCAAGCCUCCUCAUUUAAUGGAUUUGGCAGCGGCUUCGGCGGCAGUCAGGCCAGUAGCCAAGCGGCCUCUUUCGGCGGUUCCGGCAGUUCCUUGUCCGGUGCGGCGUCAUCUGCUUCGGCGUUUGGCGGCCACGGCGGCUCCGGUAGUCAGAGCGCCUCGCAGGCGUUUGGCCUUAACGGCCUAAAUUCCCUGGGCGGAUUCCAGCCACAUGAGGCAACCUUUGGCGAGGGUCUAUUGGACGUGAGGCACCGAGGGAUCCCCGAUUUUCCCUUUCCAGAACUUAUUGGCAGAAAUGGGAGAAGCAAAGGCAUAAGCGCUGCUAGCUUUAGAAAAUCGAGGCCUCUGAGUACCGAUAGCGACGAUUUUCUGGCGGUUCUGGUCUCUAACAGUUAAACACAAAUAUAAGUACCUACUCCUUAGGUACAUAGUUGGCGUUUAAAGAUGAAGAUGUUCUCAAGUUUAUGCAUGCAAGCUGAGAUAUUUAAAUAACAUAAUCCGUACACGGCGGGAAGACAUUGAUAACCCGAGAUAUUAAAUUGAAGUUUAAGUUAAAAUGUCUUCAAUUUUAUUUCUCUAGUUAUUAACUUCUUCCCGCCGUGUGGUCUACAUAAUUCUAGGAACGCUCGCAUAAACUUGCCAAGAAGGUUUAUCAUCCAUCCAUCAUUAUAAAUAUUAUAAAGAUCUACAAACGUGAAUAUGUUGUUACGUUCUCCUGUAUCGUUGUUGGGUUCUGAUAAUUCUUAUACAUACUCGUAAUAGGAAUUUAGGACAUAGCGUGACGCUGAGGAUGAGAUGUCAUGAAAAUAAAAAUUACAAUUCGUCCACGGGCGUAUAGCGGACCACAUAACAUGUUUAUUAAGUGAUUACUAUGUACCUAUGUAAGUACAUAUAUCGUCAGGUGUCAAGCAAAACUCACUAAUUACCACAACAAGGCAAAGUGAACCAUAUCACUACUAAUAUAAUGAUUUGUGUUUAAUUAUAUAUAUAUAUAUAUAUAUAUAUAUAUAUAUAUAUAUAAUUAGUGGCGGAAGACAGGGGAGGCCUUUGCCCAGCAAUGGGACACAAUGUAGGCUAAUAAAAAAAAAUUAAGAGUCUUGCUUGACACCUGACAAUAUCGUUUAGUGCCCACAGUGCAGGAUUUGCUUAGUUUUGUGCUAGGUCGGUCUGUGAAAGAUUGUCGGCAUUUUUUAUGGGCAAAUCAGUAUUCUGUUACAAACUUCACUAGUCCAUGUCAAAGUUCACGCAAAAACUGCAAUGUAUCUCAGUCAGUCAGUAGUGUGGCAACAUUCUAACAGCUAAACAUAAUUUUCAUCUUCCAGUGAACAAAUAUGCUUAGCAAAUAGUUUCAAGAGAAUACAUAAAUGUUUUGAAAUAGAAACAUCGUCAAUUAUGAAAUGCAGCGUGCUAGAUGAAUGUUUAUAGAUAAGACCAAUUGCCACACCAAAAGCUAGCGGUUUUGCAUUGAGUAUAAACCGCAUAAAUGCUUAGUAAUUAGGUAAAAUAACAGUCACAAUUACUAAUUUAACUGAAUUUGCAUUUUUUGUGUAGCUCAACACUACAAUGAAAAACAUCUGUAAAAUAUUUAAGCAGGUAGUGGUUAAACUUAUAUCGUUCCAAAAUUAUUCAUUUCCCAAAGCAUACUUUUUAUUUAGCUCUCUUACUUGUAUAGGUUAAGGUGAACAUAUUGUAUAUAAAUAGGAAAGUUUGUAACUGUAAGUACAAAAA